AUGGGAGAGUGGGUGGCUGCAUGGGACACAUUGCUUGGAGCACAUCCACCUAUUCUUCAAGCAAGCAUAGUUAGAUACACUUGGUUCGAGGAGCACUACAGUGGGGAGGAUCCCGAUACUGAUGAGGAGGCAGAGCAGUACGCCAGGGCCUUCCUCUUGUUCCUUUUCGAUACCACCUUAUUUUCGAAUAGGUGGAAUACUGUGGGUUUAUACUUCUUGGGCGCUCUGGUGGUACUCCAGCAAGUCCAUUUCUAUGACUGGGGCGCGGCCGGCCUCACCACUCUUUAUGGAUACAUGAGCUCCACUUCUCGGAUGUGUGAGAGCUUGAUCGGCGGCUAUUGGCGAGCUUGGGAGCUAUGGGUAUACGCAUACUUCCCAACACUUGCUCCGGAGCCUGUAGAGGAGACCCUAGCGACCAUCCCAUUUUCUGAUGUAUACGACGGCCAGCUCUGUCGUAGGACCCGAGAGAGCUUCAUGUUCUUCCGGCAGUUUUUCGACACGGUCAUGGCGCACGAGAUCACGUGGCAGCCAUGGGAUGCAAUCCCGUCAAGACUCCAAGAUCAGUACCACAUUGCCCGGACUAUGUCUCAGUUCCACAUUCUCUUCGAGGGCCCGAUCUGUCACGCCUGGUUUUUGAGUAAGCGCUUCGUGCGUCAGACUAUGGGAGCGCCUGCUCCAUUUGUGCUGAUGGCACCUCCACCAUCGAUGAAGGAGACACACAAGUUGUCCGCCGACUAG